UGCACAGGAUGGAAACUGCUCUCCCCUAUCUGGAAGACGGCGCGUGGUGUGGUUUCAUAGAGCCGUGGUUGGAGACUGAAGCAGCAGCCCCUUUCUCAGGCUUUCUGUAGCUAGUCUGUGUUGGAGGAAAGAGAAGCACUCCAUGCCCUGCAGGUCCGAGAAGAUGGAAGGACAAGUAGUAGGCGGGAUGUUCAGGCUCUUCCGCAACCGCCUUCCUCGACUCCGCGCAGGACCUCCCCAGGACAAUCAGGGGGAAGCUGUAAAGGAGCCGGAAAGAGCCCAGGAGCUCUGUCUACCUAACUUUGCUGGAGGGCAGCACUUCUUUGAAUACCUCCUUGUGGUUUCCCUCAAAAAAAAGCGUUCAGGGGAUGAUUAUGAGCCCACGAUCACCUACCAGUUUCCCAAGCGGGAGAACCUGCUUCGGGGCCAACAGGAGGAGGAGGAGCGGCUGCUCGGAGCCAUCCCCUUGUUUUGCUUCCCAGAUGGGAAUGAGUGGGCACCACUCACUGAGUAUCCCAGGGAGACCUUCUCCUUCGUCCUGACCAAUGUGGAUGGGAGCAGGAAGAUUGGAUACUGCAGGCGCCUCUUGCCCGCCGGCCGCGGCCCUCGCCUCCCCAAGGUGUACUGCAUCAUCAGCUGCAUUGGCUGCUUCGGCUUGUUCUCCAAGAUCCUGGAUGAAGUGGAGAAGAGGCAUCAGAUCUCCAUGGCAGUCAUCUACCCGUUCAUGCAGGGCCUGCGAGAGGCGGCCUUCCCUGCUCCUGGGAAGACUGUCACCCUCAAGAGCUUCAUCCCUGACUCGGGCACUGAGUUCAUCUCACUGACGCGGCCUCUGGACUCCCACCUAGAACACGUGGAUUUUAGUUCUCUGUUGCAGUGUCUCCGUUUCGAGCAGAUUCUGCAGAUCUUUGCCUCUGCAGUGCUGGAGAGAAAAAUCAUCUUCCUGGCAGAAGGUCUCAGCACCCUGUCUCAGUGCAUCCAUGCUGCGGCCGCACUGCUCUACCCCUUCAGCUGGGCACACACCUACAUUCCUGUUGUCCCUGAGAGCCUUCUGGCCACCGUGUGCUGCCCCACUCCCUUCAUGGUUGGAGUACAGAUGCGUUUUCGGCAGGAGGUUAUGGACAGCCCCAUGGAAGAGGUCCUGUUGGUGAACCUUUGUGAAGGAACCUUCUUAAUGUCAGUUGGUGAUGAAAAAGACAUCCUACCACCCAAACUUCAGGAAGACAUCUUAGACUCUCUUAGUCAGGGGAGCGACUUACACACUUCGGAACAAAUCAACGAGCAUGUUUCAGGCCCUUUUGUGCAGUUCUUUGUCAAGACUGUGGGCCACUAUGCUUCCUAUAUCAAGCGGGAGGCAAAUGGGCAAGGCCACUUCCAAGAACGGGCCUUCUGUAAGGCGCUGACCUCCAAGACCAACCGGCGAUUCGUGAAGAAGUUCGUGAAGACACAGCUCUUUUCUCUUUUCAUCCAGGAAGCUGAGAAGAGCAAGAACCCUCCCGCAGGUUAUUUCCAACAGAAAAUACUUGAAUAUGAGGAACAGAAGAAACAGAAGAAAUCAAGGGAAAAGACUGUGAAAUAAGAGCUGUGGUGGACAGGAGUGAUUAGACCUACAGGCCAGCUUUGGACUUUGGCCCCUGCUGGCAUGCUAGGCUCGGUGAAGCUCUCAGCCCCCAGAAUCCACAGCCUCCUUCCGAGUCCUGGUAACUAGGUCUGGCUUCAAGCUGGUGUCUUGAGCAUGGGAUCCCUGGAAUCAGCUUUCUCAGGACUUUGGAAGGCUCUGAGCUGUGCGCUCACAGAGCUGGGCUCAAAGCUGCAUUUCCUGCAGAGGCAACAAAGAGCACGGAACAGUAGUCCAGGUGUCAUAGAGACUUAGAAGUUGCUGUAACUGCCCUCUCCCAAGAACCACUAUUACAAAAUCCUCAACAGAGAAAGCAGUUGUGGCCGAAAGGCUCAGUCUCUCCACGUAAGAAAAGAGAUCUGUGGACAUGUGAGGGUAACAAUAAAGAUGAAGAUCUUGUUGUUUAUAUGUA